CUAAACCAUAUUGAGAACCAGUUAAUAUUUUGGGAUGGCCUUUACGCACGUUUGUUUAUGGACGCUACUCGCCUUCGCACUGACCUGGACGGUGUUCUACGUUACCAACAGGAAGAAAAAGGCGACCGAAUUGGCGGAUGCGGCAGCAGAGGAGAGAAGAGACGGUGCUGCUGACGUCAUCAUCGUCGGGGCUGGUGUCGGUGGCUCGGCUCUCGCAUAUGCUCUUGCUAAGGACGGGCGCCGAGUACAUGUGAUAGAGAGGGAUAUGAGAGAACCAGAGAGAAUGAUGGGUGAGUUUAUGCAGCCAGGAGGACGACUCAUGCUUUCUAAGCUUGGCCUUGAAGAUUGUCUAAAUGAAAUAGAUGCCCAAAAAGCCACGGGCAUGGCAGUUUAUAAGGACGGAAAAGAAGCAGUCGCAUCUUUUCCGGUGGACAACAACAAUUUUCCUUAUGACCCUUCUGCUCGAUCUUUUCAUAAUGGCCGAUUUGUCCAACGUCUGCGCCAAAAGGCUUCUUCUCUUCCUAGUGUGCGCCUCGAAGAAGGAACGGUGAAGUCGUUAAUAGAAGAAAAAGGAAUGAUUAAAGGAGUGACAUACAAAAAUAAAGCAGGGGAAGAAACAACAGCCUUGGCACCUCUCACUGUGGUAUGCGACGGUUGCUACUCAAACCUUCGUAGGUCUCUUAACGACAACAAUGCGGAAGUUCUGUCUUACCAAGUUGGUUACAUCUCGAAGAAUUGUCGGCUUGACGAUCCCGAAAACCUUCAUUUGAUAAUGUCUAAAAUCUCUUCCAUCAUGUUGUACCAAAUAAGCAGCACUGAUGUUCGUUGCGGUUUUGAGCUUUUUCCCGACAAUUUUCCUUCAAUUGCAAAAGGUGAAAUGGCUACUUUUGCGAAGAACACUCUAGCUCCUCAGGUACCUCCAAAACUUCGCAAAAUAUUCUUGAAAGGUCUAGAUGAGGGAGCACACAUAAAAGCGGUUCCAGCAAAGCGCAUGACAGCUACUUUAAGCAAUAAAAAAGGAGUGAUUGUAUUGGGAGAUGCAUUCAACAUGCGUCAUCCAUCAGUCGCGGCUGGAAUGAUGGUUUUAUUGUCUGACAUUCUCAUUCUACGUCGUCUUCUCCAGCCACUAAGAAACCUCGGUGAUGCAAACAAAGUCUCAGAAGUCAUUAAGUCCUUUUAUAUUAUCCGCAAGCCAAUGUCAGCGACGGUCAACACUUUAGGAAAUGCAUUUUCUCAAGUGUUAAUUGCAUCAACCGACGAAGCAAAAGAAGCAAUGAGACAAGGUUGCUAUGAUUACCUUUGUAGUGGCGGUUUUCGCACGUCAGGGAUGAUGGCUCUGCUAGGUGGCAUGAACCCUCGUCCGAUCUCUCUCAUCUAUCAUCUCUGCGCUAUCACACUACAUUCCAUUGGCCAUCUUCUAUCUCCAUUUCCUUCCCCCAUUCGCAUUUGGCAUAGCCUCAGGCUUUUUGGUGUAAGUCAUUUUAUCUCUGCUUAAAUUAAAUUAUUUUCGAUAGA